AGAAGCUGAGUAUCUGGUCACAAUCUCUCUCCCAAUGGCUUCCGUAUGAUGAGAGGCACAGUCAAAAGGAAUUUACAAUAUUGUUCCAUUUCCUACAGGUACAGGGAAUCCUUUGUCGUAAAACCGUUUAUGGAACUUCUUCCAAAGGGAAAGAGGAUGGAUCUAUAACUGAGUUUCAAAUAAUUAUGCCGUCAUGUUUACCUGAAAUAGUGGAGAAUUCAAUAAGCAUAGAGCUGCCUUCAAAUUGGUAUAAUAGUAAAUGGAUGGGAUUAGCUCUCUGGGCAUCACUAGAUACAUGGUCAAACUAUGGUAUUAGAACUCGUAAGGUAGCCGUUGGUAAAAUGCCUCAAAAUCAUUGUGCCUUUGAACUUCUUACUACCCAGAGAAAUGUUACGGUCAAUGCUGAAUUGCACUUCAAUUAUUACCUAUUCUGUUUGUCUCAUGAUGAGUGGUUUGCUACUGUUGGGAAUGGUGAAUGCAGUCAGAUUAAGGUUACAUUUGAGGGCGGUAAGCUGUAUGAGAAGGGAACAGAAUUUGGGGUCAGUUUGGUAUACAAGCAAGAUGUGGACGAGUUCAACCAAACAAAUGCACAAUGUUUGAUUGCGAGCUUUGGGAAAGUACCCUCUAUAAAUUAACUGGUAAUGACCAUCUCAACCAUCCUUCCCAUUAAUAUCCAAUCCUUUUCUAUCUUAUUUUCUGUCUAACUAUACAUCUGGUUUUGUCAUUGGCAAGUAAGUCUCGUCAUUUUUCUUUUCUUUUU